GUCCAUUCCUGGCUUGCCCCACGCCUAGAUCUGUUUCUUAGGGUGGCCCGCUGUCUGCCAGGAAAAGGGAGGUGACCGGCAGGAAGGGCCUGCGCUGCUUCAGCGGCCGGCGUUUGGGAGAGCCCGGAGAAGCACCUUGACCUUCCGGGGGCUGGCCAUGGAGCCCCAAGCGGCCGAGAAGGCCUCGAAAGAGAGGAAGUUCACCAUAAAGAUGCAAGAAGAAGACGCAGCCUUGGUGAAGCCCCUCUUCAAACCCACUCCGGCAGCCAGAGCCACACCAGCACCCAAGGCCUGGGCUGUGUCCGGGGGGACGUCCUACGCAGACUAUGUUGUUGGGCAAGCUGUGGCCUCCCCCGUUGCUGCUGCCCAGGUGAAACAUGCGCCUGCUGCUGCUGCUGCUGCAGUGGCCAGUGCCACCUCAGAAGAAGCCACUCUGCAGGACCAGGACGAGAGUGCCGUGCCUGCCAGCAGCACAGCGGAGGACAGAGGCUCCCCCUUGAACCCAAUACCCAAAGCAGGGGCCAAGCACAACAGUAUUAUUGUUAGCCCCCGGCAGAGGGGGAACCCCAUUCUGAAGUUUGUCCGCAACGUGCCUUGGGAAUUCGGUGAAGUUGUCCCGGAUUAUGUGUUAGGCCAGAGCACAUCUGCCCUUUUCCUGAGCCUCCGGUACCACAACCUGAAUCCCAAUUACAUCCAUGAGCGGCUGCGCGCCUUGGGGAAGACGUAUCUGCUGCGGGUGCUCCUGCUUCAGGUUGAUGUGAAAGACCCCCACCAGGCAGUCAAGGAGCUGGCCAAGAUCUGCAUCCUGGCUGACUGCACUCUCAUCCUGGCGUGGAGCCCAGAAGAAGCUGGACGCUACUUGGAGACAUACAAGGCCUAUGAGCAGAAGCCGGCUGACCUGCUGAAGGAGAAAGUAGAGCAGGACUACCUCUCGCGGGUGACCGACUGUCUGACCAGCGUGAAAUCCGUGAACAGAACAGACACACUGAGCCUGCUGUCCACAUUUGGAUCGCUUGCCAGCAUUGCCCAGGCUUCCAAGGAGGACCUUUCCCUGUGCCCGGGAAUUGGGCCUCAAAAGGCUAAGAGGCUCUUUGACAUCCUUCAUGAACCAUUUUUGAAAGUACCCAAGUAAGCAGGGGUCUCCAAGAGCAGAAGGCAAGGGGCAAAAGACAGUCUGCAGAAACCCAUGUGCAUCUCUGAGGAUCACCAGCUUCCAAUCACCUCCCUCCCUCAAAACUUCAGAAACUUGCAACAUAGCAACGCAGCCCUCUCAGAGAAGAAAUGAAGCCUUAUUUUGCUAUGUGAUUCGUUGCUUCCCAAUACAGGCAUGU